AUGGACAGUGAGGUGAAUCAAGAACUGGCUGAAGGCAGAGCUCAGAGGGUUGUCAUCAGUGGAGCAGAGUCCAGCUGGAGGCCUGCAGUCAGUGGUGUUCUCCAGGGAUCAAUACUAGGACCAAUCUUCCUGAACUUGUUUAUCAAAAACCUGGAGGAAGGGGAACUGGGGGGAGUGGCUGACCCACCUGAAGGCUCUGCUGCCAUUCUGUGGGACCUGGAUCAGCUGGAGGGUUGGGCAGAGAGAAACCUGAUGAGGCUCAACAAGGGUCUGAUAAAGAUACUAAACGGGCUGACCCCAAUGCUGAGCCCCGCUGACUGGCCCCCAGCCGGAUCUAACUCCAGUCACCAACACUCUUGGGACCCAGCCAUCCAAGCAGUUCUUUACCCAGGAAAGAGUGCACCUGUCCAAGUGAGGAGCAUCCAGUUUCUCCAGGAGAAGGCUUUGGGAGAUGGCAUCAAAGGCUUUACUAAAGUCCAGCUUGUGGAGAUAAGGGGAAGUAUAAUUUCUUUGUGUGUCCAGAAAAAGGAACAUAUUUUUUUUCUGGAAGAAAAAAGUAAUAAAAUUAUUAUUCACAGGAGAGAUUAUAUAGCUCAUGAAGUGUUGCCACAGAAACCUAAACCAUCUGAAAAGCAUAUAAAGAAAUGUGAGAAUAUGGAUUUGACCUCCACUUGCAGACAUGAUCAUAACUCCUACACUAUGUCUCUUAUCCCAUGCCUCUCCUGAAGGAUGAAGAGACAUAUUCCCAGCACCAAGAUGGAUAUAAAAACCACUUACAAAGAUGACUGUGUGUUACAGAAUGAACCAAAGACAGAGCAGAUCAGACCAAACAUUAGGUUUCACCUAUCAAAAGAAAAAUUUUACCACAGAACCUUUGUCCAGAAUGACUCUUUCUACAGGGGACUGGUUACCACUCAAAGCUGAAAACCUCUGAAUCUGGUCCAGAAAAGCAAGGCUCCCUUUGAGUACAUAACCAAUUACAAAGUGAAUUACGUGCCACCUCCUCUGGUGGAACGUUAUGUCCAUAAAAUUCAGAAAUACAAGGUCAAUGAUGUCUCAUUUGAUGGCCUCACUACACACAAAUUUUCUUACCGGGGGGCUGGUCAGCCAACCAAGCUUGCAACACCAUACCAGACAAAGCUGGUCCCUGUCUUCCUUUUCUCUACUACAACUGAAUUUCAGGAAAAAUACAAAGCGCCUCCUGUAUUCACCAGAAAACGUGAUAUAUAUCUUCCUCCUCUGGAGAAAAUGGACCUUCACACCACUACCUGGACACACUGGAAGCACCCAAAUGGCAAGCCAGCCAAGAUGUCUCAAUCUUUGGCCCCUCUUAAUAAAAUCACUGAGCCAUUUAAUAGCUAAGACUAUAAGCCUUGGCUAUGCAAUAGACUAAAACCUAUCACUCAUGCUGCGACUUUCCCAGCAAAACCAAUAGAUUUCUUGACUACGUUUCCAACCCAUCAUGUGCCUCAUUCACUCACAGUUAUGAAAACAUAUAAACCUGUCUGGUCAGGCCCAAAGCAUCACACUCUCCUGGAUGCUAAAACAACCUACAGCAGCUACACACCAAAGGGCAUUUUUAGAUGCCAGGCCCCUUACAAAGACCCACCCAGUUACACCUUCGAGAAAACUGAUACUGACAGCUUGAUUUUGUUUGUAUCCUUCUUUUAA